AAUGUGGAUGAAAAAUAAUAAGCAUAGAAAUAUUCAAGGGGUGGAUUUCUCCUGCUCUUCACCUAAUUCAUCUCCAAGGUGAUAGUAACCAACACACAAACUUUAGUCAACAAAUGCUACAUCUAAACUGGGGUAGACAUUAUAACUGAAGAAUGUUCAUAUUUUAAAUAGGGAAGAAGUAAUUAACAUCUGAAUUGUUUUUAGAGAGAUGGACAUUUUGGGGGAGUUAAUUUGUCGAAAUUGUAACAUGGUAUUUCAUUCUGUUGGACUCCUGGAUAAACACAAGGCCAAAUUCUGCAUCGGCACUGACCUGAAAGAGCCAUUGUCUCUGUGGAGAAGACAAAUGGAGAAAGCAGCUCUGCAUCCUACAAGGGCAAGGACACCUGAUUUGAUUAUUCUAAAAGAAAAGAGAAGAAGAGAUGAUCAGAUCGAAAAGAAACAAGACAAAGCACAGGACAAUGGGCCACACAACACUGCUCUAAACAAACUCACUGAAGAGUUCCAAAAACUCAGGAUCUUUUUUGAACAAAGCCUGGCAAGAAAACACACUGAGGUCUCAGAGGAGCAGUGUUUAGUCCAGCAGAGGAAUGAUGAGCAAAGGUAUAGAGAUCAUGAGCAGAGACUGGCUGAGAUCAGAGCUCGCAACCUUCAGCUGGAGAAGGACAGAGACGAAAUCGAACAGCGUCUGGCCGAGCUUGCUGGUCGGGGGAAGACAGCUCAUUUUGAGGAAGUGCUGCAUGAGCUGAGAUAUCAGGAACAGAGGAACGAAGAGGCGCUGAAUCAGCUCAGCUCUCAUAUCAACACAAUCAAGGGACCUGCUCCAAGUGAUGUCCCGUCUAACCCACCAGAGGAAAAGAAGACACAGCAUGUUACAUUUGACUUGAUGUCCUCUGUGGAUGGGCCACUUUCUGCUCAGAUAAGAGCUUUGCGCCUGGCAUAUAUGCAGUCUGGUGGUUCUGAUCCAGAGGUCUUGGCUCACAUGCAUGACCUUCAAACAGAGGCUCUUACACUGGAGCGGACAAGACUUAGGUCUGAUGGCAAGACAAAAGCAAGAAGGAUGAAGUCCCCUCAGAGAUCGUUGGACCCUGAUAUUCUUGCUGUAGAGCAGGAAAACCAAAGGCUGGAGGAGGAAAUCUUCAAAAUCCAGCUGGCCAGGGAGAGGCAUAAAGGAGAGCCUGGAUUAGGGCUCAUUGAUAUCCAGAAGGAUCACAUCCAUCAAAUGGCAAGCCUCCAGGCUGAGAUUGCAUUUCUAAGUAGAGAAAUAGAGCAGGACCGAGAGAGAAGACCACACCAUCGUCAAUCUCCUCUGCCGGUUUUUCCAGAAUCAUCCAUGGCCUUAACUCAUCCUGCUCUGGAUCAGAGUUCCUUUGUUGCUGAUUCAAUUGAAGCACUUGGUCCUGCUCAAUAUGAUCCAGCGGCUGGCUUUGCAAUCUUCUAUGACAUAAUUAUAGGUAUUGAAGCUACUUUGAGAUCAGUGCGCUUGUUGGCAGGGUUAUAUUGUAAUGGGCAGCCAUUGGGACCGACCACCACAAUGCCACCUGUGCAGUGCCAGCCUGCAGGGUCAUUAUUCUCCGCCAAGAGUCCUGGAAACUAUGCCAUACUUGCUGCUAAACAACCUGUGCCAAGUGUACAACCGUCUCCAGAUCUCUCUUUGGUCAUGGAGAUACAGACUUUUGGAAGUCUGGACUUUUACAAGCAUCAAAUUGAAGGCUUUGCAACUUUUGGCUGGGCUAAACUUGAACUCUUUGACCAGCACAACCAGGUUCACAGUGGUUUCUGGAGGCUUCCAUUUCAUUCUCUUCCAGUUCAAGCAGCCCUAACUUCACGUCAACUGAACUCUAUGCCUCAACUGGGCAAGAUGGAAGUCUGUCUUCGAGUAGUAAAUGGGUGUGAUGGGGAUGUUCAGACCCUUGCAGAGAUGGACCCAAACAUCAUAAACCAAGACAAGUACUUAAAAGGUGGUCACAAAAGCAACCCAGGUACCACAUGACACCCAACAAUCAAGUUCAUGAUCUUCAUCGAUGCCGCAGAUCAG